AUGGUAGAGCAUAAUCCACCCUUAGAUUUUCAGAGGGAACCCGUCGUUCCUGAAACAAAGUUACAAAUUCAGUCUGAAGUAGACAAUGAGAUUUCUCCUAAAUUUAGUGUUAUUGCUGUACCUGUUGUUGAUGAUAAUAGUAAUGUAGAGAGUGGCAACAACUCUGGACUUCGCAGUCCAGACCAAGUGGUUACCAAACCUGUCAUGCCUAGUCACGCUGAGUCCAGACCAUGUCAAGUGGUUAUUCGUUCAGGACGGGUGAUCAAUCGUCCAGACAGAUUAAAUUUAUAG